CAAUAAACCGGACCGUGAUUUGCUUCCUUUUUUAUAGUGUCAACAAAACACACACACACACAUAUAUAUAUAUAUAUGCUUUCUCAGGAAACAGAGAUUAUGAGAUGCCAGCACGGCGGACAAAUCAAUCAAAAUCUAGGGCUCCUACUACAAUGACGGCUCCUGAAUCAAUCGCCUUAGCGAUCAAGCAAAUCGACGAGAAGAAGCAAAAGCUGAAGAAAGCCUUCGAUGGCCUUCAAGCUCACCGAUCCCUCCUCUCCCCAUCUUUCAACCUCUCCUGGUCCGACAUCGACUCUCACUUCUCCUCUCUCCAGUCCUCACUCUCUGACCGCUUCCGCCUCCUCCAAUCCGACAAAACCGAACCACCCCCGGCGGUUACGACGGAGACACCGCUCACCUGGCCGGAACUGAGAACGUUCUGCGAGAACAUGAACGGCAAAGGCUUGGGGAAGUUCAUGAUCGAUAACUCGAAUAAGCGUCUGUCGAUCAAACCGGAGCUUGCGCAAGCGAUUCGAUCCUCAUCGAGUCCAGCAGCUUUGGUUCUUGACGCGAUCGAAGGCUCUUACCAUUGUUCCCCGUCGUCUUCCGCCGAUGCGAGGAGAAUCUUCGUUUUGCUGUUGGAAGCUUUGAUUGAGGUCAAACCGAAUCUCACUAACGAGUUGAGGGAGAGAGCGAGGACGCUCGCUUCCGAUUGGAGGCUGAAUAUAGGUAACAAACCAUCAGAGGCGUUAGGGUUUCUUCACUUGGUCGUAGUCUUUGAGUUAGUAUCUGUGUUUAACAUGGAAGAGAUUCUUGAUUACGUUUUCUUGAUCUCUAACUGUAAACAAGCGACGACGUUAUCCAAGAAGCUUGCUUUGGAUUACUCCAUAGUCGCUGGUAUUGUUCAUAAGCUGUUGCACACUGGCAGGUUACUUGCCGCCAUUAGUUUUAUUUAUGAGUUUGAGAUGACUGAUAGGUUCCGACCAGUUAAUGUUUUGAAAACUAGUUUGUACAACUCUAGAGAAGCUGCUAAGAGGGUCUGCGCCCAAGCGGGUAACUCUCUCAAGGCCCAGAACGAAGCUACUGAUAAAGAGCUUAGUGCGUUGAGAUUGGUGAUCAAAGUGAUCAAGGAGAGGAACCUCGAAAUUGAGUUUUUUGAAGAGGAUCUUGAGGAAUCCGUUCAAGAGUUGGAGAAUCUGAGAGCUCGGACGAGGCAAGCCUCUAAGCUCGCUUCCCCUGCCAAUCCCCCAAAACGACCUCGAGCUGCUAGGUGUAACAAUUUGACAGCCCCGACACAGAGUCAGCAACCUCCGCUUUUGCCUGAUCCUAGGCACGGUUUACAAGUGAACCCGUUUGGUUUUGUGAACUCAACAGUGCCUGGUGUUAAUGUCCCAUACGGCAACCAAUUGGCUCCAUAUGGAUCGGUUCCAGCUCCAGCUAUAGCGGCUCGACCUGUCUACUAUGAGCAGCAGACUGGAUAUGGGUUACGACCUCAAUACCAACCACCUUACUAUCCUCAGUAGCAUCUCCAUUGUUGGCUAGGGAAUGCAAGGGAUAUUGAAUUAUAAGAAGAUUUUGGUGUAAGGAGCUAGCUAGGCUCUAUGUGUGUAUGAUGUUCUGUAUUGACACAAAAGUAAAUUUUCUCAAAGGACCACAUAUAAGAUACUUGAUUAUGAUUGCUGUUUUUGCGAUGGUAUAAAAGAAAAUGAAUAAUCUUG